AUGGCUUCGACCUGCCCAAUCGAGACCCUGCCCAACGAGGUGUUGGCUGCAUCCUUGGCCCGUCUCUCGACGAGGGAACUCAUCCAGAUCGUCCCCGUUAGCCGCUGUUUCUACACGCUCGCCACCCGCAUCCUCCAUCGCCGUUUGAUCGAUGUGUCACCCCUCCCACAUCAUCAACUCGUCCUCGACUGCUACCACCCAAGCGAAAGACUGACAACACCCCCGUUGUCAUGCAGAUAUCUCGGCCUCAAGCAAGCGGGCGAGCAACCCAUCACAGAUGCGUCGCUCAAGUUCAGCGACCUCGGCAAAUUAUAUUCGUCCUAUCGUCCGGUUUUGAGGGAAGAGAAUCGUGGUGGACGGAAUGCUUCCGCGCGGCCGGGGGGGAAGUCUGUGCAGUCCGAUGAGACUGCCACUCAAGAAGUCUACCUCGAUCACGAUUUGCUGUUUUCGCAACUGUGCGCCGUCAUGUACGUGGUGAAGGAGGCGUCGAGGCCGGGCUUCUUCAUCAGCCAGGUGAACACCUGCGACGGCGUCAUUCGCGUAUGGAGGCAGUGGCUAGCGGAGAGGGCGAGCUUCAAUGGCGCCGAAGAGGUGUCGGACUCGAAGACGGUCGACUUUGACCAGUUUCUAUGGGUUGAUGUGGGGAGGAACGUUGGGCUUAGGUUCCGAGUCGUGCUCGGCCCGGCCGAGAGGAUGCCGCUGCUCAGCGGCCCUGGGGAUGACUCGCCGGUGUCCUAUACUUUGAUCUACCAAGAAUUGAUUGUGCGAACGACCACGCUGCUCAUGGCUGUGGAAGCAUCGGCGGUGCAACACUUUUCUGCUUCAUCCAAGGCCGUCAUAAUUGCACAGGUCUAG